AUGUGGGAUGACUCUUGUGAUGAUGGUCCAUGCCAGAUUCCUACAAAGCAUUACUCAGAAAUUGGUUGUAAACCGAUCCACGAGGAAGGUCGUGGCUGCCCAACAAGAUAUGAAUGUCCAUCGUUCGCGGAUCGCGAUAACCGGAAGUGCUACUUCAACGGAAACAUUUACGAGCCUGAGAGCAGUUUAUCUAAAUUUGACGAAAGACUUUCCCCUUGCUAUGCUGGUUGUAUUUGCGUUAACCUGAACCACUUAUCAUCCUUCAUCUGUGCUUCGUUCUCAUGUCCGGAAGUUACGGCACGAGGGACAGACUGUAUCUUUAAGUACUCACCUUUCGAAUGCUGCCCCACUGAAAAGGUUUGCGGUGAUGAGACAAAAAAGCUCACCGAGUGUUAUUUGGAAGGAACACGAUAUCUGGAAGGCGAGAUUAUGUAUCCACGGGAAGAAUCGUGCUACAAGUGCAGUUGCCAGAAAGGAUUCGACAACAGUACCAUAAGAGGGAAUCCAAAUUGCUACGAGCUGAACUGUGGCAUCGAGUUGUUGAAUUUGGAGCAGCUAAUGAACGGCUGCAGUCCGGUGUUCUAUGGAACACGUGGAUGUUGUCCAAUUUGGUGGAGAUGUCCGAGUGAUGAGGAUACGGUAAUCCAUGAAGAACAACCAGAGAAUGCAAAUGAAAUCAAUCCGAAGCUGCAAUGCCAAUUUGGAAAUCUUACUCUUAACGUUGGGGACUAUGUGUCAUCCGAUCGAACGACUGUUUCCUGUAAGUGCUCUAUACCUCCGAUGGUUCACUGUGUGCAGAAUAAGUAG